CCGGCAAUGGAGGUGUGUAUGUAUGUUUGUGAGUGCUAGGAGCAAGUAAGGGAAGGUGUCAAUUCACAUCAGAGCCUUGCAGGUACUCAUGUGGAGAGCACUUGGCCUCACCGGGACAACAGAUUUGCAGGAGCAACUUCAAUUCUGAUCUCACUCUGUUCAGAUAUGGAAGAAUUUCUGUCAGUUUGUCCAUUAGUUCAGCCGCGACACACAGCUUUUAAACGGAAGGAGGGGGAAGUGUACCAGGAAGUGAAAUACAAAUAAUGAGUGACAGAAUGCGAACAACACAGUGUCCUAAUGUUUUGAAGUAGCGCGAUCACACUGCUGGAAUGUGGCCGACCGAUGUGUUUGUGGUCAUGAAAGUUUAGUGAUGACUUGUGUUACAAAUUUGUGUUUUUCGAAAAGUGAUUCUGAAUGAGGAUAAAGGCAUUUUUUGUUAUUUAGUGUAAAAAAAAAAAAGCCUUACCAGCUCAAUUUUUUUUUUACAUCCUUUUCGUUGUGUUGGCUACGUUGAACACCUGGUCGAUGUUUAUUUCAUUAUUUAUCAAAAAACCCUUUUUGAGGUACAAAUGUAUACAGAAGGCCACUCAUGAUUACUUGAACUAACACGAUGUAAUCACCAAACAGCGCUAAACAACAUAUACAAACACCCUUUCAACCCACGUCAAGCCCACCUCGCCAUGACGACGAAAACGCUUUCCGGAGUUCGAAAUGAGACCAGCGGAAGAAAGCGGGCAUCCGCGUGAACAGUCUUCUGCCAGAAAAAAACAGUAGAAAUCAAACAUCAAUAAUUUGGUGGGAGUGAUUUGUGGCCCUAUGCGCAGGGGCCGUAAGGGUCAUUAAGGGGAGCUUCUGCACUCACGCAAUGGCACCAGCCUUAAGUAGAGUCGGCGUGAGUCGAGCAGUUAACAAUGUUCCUCGAGUCGAAACCAAGAUGAUGGCAUUCCACGAGCUAUUAUUAGCCUGGGAUCACCCGGGGCAUUUCCAGCGAAAUGGAGUUUCUCGUCUGGUCUGGAUUCCUAGACGAUAGAGGAGCGUCAUUGUACUUCAGCGCAGGAGAAACUAACCCUGACUAAAUUAGGCCCAGAACCUUGAUGACCACCACCCCCAUCCCCUUCCCUUCGUACACGACAGCACCCUAAGGAAGCCAUCAUGAAGAAAAGUAGCCCUUGGCCAUCGGCUGGAGAUGCCACCGAAGAGGAUGCCCUGAAGGACAAGAUGGAACUGGAGAGGCAGAGCAGCGAUGAAUCCAUCAUCCCUCCGAUCCAUCAGUGCCCCUCCGUCGAGGAGAAAAAGAGAGAAAAAGAGCAGCAGCUUCGAAAUCUCUUUAGAAGCAACAAAGUUGGUGUGGGCGACGAGGUACAGGAGGUGUGGGAAGUUCCCCGGGGGAAUGUGCCGCCAUCUGCUACAUUCAGGAGCUCUAGUGGGCGCAGUGAGUUCCAGGAAGUAGAAUUUACUGAAGCCAAAAGUGACAUCGAAGGUCGCGUUGGUCUUGCCCCUGGAUACUAUGAGGGGGAGCAACAGAAGCCCAAUGUCAUGAAGGCAGUGGCGAAUGGCAUGAGAGUAUUCGGAAGCUGCAUCCCCGGUGAGAGUAGUGAUGACGAAGGUUGUGCAAAACCCAAAGAGGACAUUACCAUUGAGGAAAUUGAUGGUGAUGAUGAUGGCGAUGGCAAUGGUGGAGGGGAUGAUGGAGGUGAGGGUGAUGAUGGAGGCGAGGGUGAUGGAGGUGAAGGUGAUGGAGGUGAGGGUGAUGAUGGAGGCGAGGGUGAUGGAGGUGAUGAUGAAGGUGCUGAUGGUGGUAGUGAUUCUACAUCAGUGUCCGAUCAUUCUGAUGGCAGUGAUAAAGAUGAUGAAGAAGAUGAUAGUUAUCCAGAGGAUGGCGAAAUCAAAACGAAAGAGAACCCAGAAAACUCAUCCUCUGGCACUGCCAAAGCUGACGAGGAUGUUGACUCCACAGGUGUAAGGGUGAUCAGGGAGCAGUCUGCCAUCAAAAGAGGGACAGGCAGCAUUGGCAAUGUAGCUGUAGUAGCCAGAUGCAUAUCCGGGCCGCGUAUUUCUUAUAAUAAUUAUAACCGGCCGUCAACAUCAGAGCAUGCGAGAUACAAUUCUGGUGCGAGCACAAGCAAGGCUGGAUACUAUAAAGGACAAGGCCCUUCCAGAGACAGUUCAUUCACGGAUGCCACAGAUCUAACAUCAGGAUCUGCGAGGGAAGACACUACCCUAACCAUCGAGGAAGAAGGUGGGGAAGAGGAGGAACACAAACGACUGGAUCCUGUUCAGCUGCGAAAGGCUCAGAUGAAAGUGGCUAAGCCUUUCCUCACAGCCUCGUCGUUGGCCAUUUACUCCCAGAUUCACCAUAAUGGUGUUUCCAAGCUAGGAACUUGGGUUCUUGGCAGUUCACUUGUUUGUACAUUUGUUGUGACAAUUGUUCUUACAGUUUUAAUAUUAGUAGCCCCGAAAACUUUAUCACCAAAAGCGCAUAUUGAGUACACCACGGAAGCACCAACAGUAGUGCCUGACAAUGUGUUAAUAACAGGAAGUGAAUUAGCUGCAGGAGCUUUGGUGUGGAAAGACCUAUCAGUAGAUUUGGAAAUUCCCCCGAUGAGUUUCAAAAAGACAAAUGCAUCUCUAAUGGUAUCCAACAGUACUGUAUCUUUGAUAGCAUCUAUUAACAAGAGUCAAAAUAAUAGAAAAAGCUUGAGGACAUCUCAUGUGGGUAAUCCAAAUGUACAAAGAGUAGUGUUUAGAAAAGGUUUCGAUAUGAGUCAGAAAAGACCUAGUCAUCCAUCUAGUAGUAACAAAAGUAUAUUAGAAACCAAUGGAAAAAUGUUUAACACAGUACCUUAUAAUAGCAGUACAAGUCAACUACCUUUUGUGAACCAAGAAACAAGUUCCAUAGUUUACCCUUCCAGUAGGAACGUUUCUGUCUUAAGUUCAGUAAACAAUACAGGCAAUGUUAAUAAUUAUAGUAGUAAUUCAAGUGAUUUAUAUUUACAUGGGGUAAGCACGGAGUCUACUGCCAGAACAAAUGUUAUCCAAAUACUAUUAAGUCAGAGAGCGCACAUUCCAGGAAGAACAAGGACACACAGUUACACAACACAAACUCCACCCAUAAACAUCACAACAGUAAGAUCAUCCUCUAUUCUAUACACAGCAUCUUUAAACAAUAAAACAAUUGGUCAGCCAUUGAGAGAUGGUAUUGGGGUGCCAAAUGAACAGACAUACAAGGAGGAGAAUUCAUCAUUCCAUGAUAUUAUUACAAAUAAACAAAGCCUAGACAAUACAACUGCAAAGGAAAGGCUAAAUAGAUUUCAUGAAAUGUUCUCGUAUAAUAGCACAACCAAUCAGUCAUUCAUGCAUUCUGUGACAGUGGUGCAAGAUAUCAUAAACAUAACAGCCACUUAUGGCAGUGUCAGCCCACUAUAUCUUAACAGUCCCAAGAACAAUUCUUCAGUACAAAAUACAACUAAUCAACUAAAGACUGAAACAAGACUCAACAGCACUGUAGAUCGCGUGUUUAAAAAGGGAACAAUAAUGAUAGAUAAGGAAGAAGUAAUAUCUCAAACUAAUUCAAGCCUGCCAGUCACUGAAUCAGUAACAGAAAUAUCAAGCAGCAUGUUUCACAAAGAACCUCAAGUUGAUGUUGUUAAAACUAGUAGAGGAGACGAUGGACUUGGUGGUACCAGUAUAGGAAAACUUAUAAGAAAUGGUCACAGGAAAACUAACACACUUACGCUGAAGCCAGAUAUCGUGAAAAGUGAUGUAAACCAGGAUAAAGCAAUAGCAUUUAAAACCACAGAAAGUCAGCUAUUGUUGGAUAUGAGCGGCAAUCUCACGGUAGAGAAUGGCCAUGGAAACGAAUCAAAAAUGUACGAGAGUAGAAAAAAAGCCAAAUAUAAUGGUACUCACAGUGAAACAGGGCCCUUUCCUAUCCUCAAUAGUAGUGGGGAAAUAAGGUUCCUAGUUAGUAAUUACAAAAAGAAAGAUCCCAUCAUCAUAGAGGGAACAAGAACCCUGACCGAUAUUGGUAAAUCCAAAAAUUACAGCUUCAUGGGUCAGGCAUACACUCACAACAUAUCAGAGCAAGUUGAAGAUCACAAUAGUACAAUUGCUGCCAAGAAUAUGACAGAGAAAAUGGAAGACCCUAUCAACAUCAAUAGUACAAAAACAAUGAAUAAUCAAAGCAGUACAGAGACUAUAAAAACAAAUGGCAGCCACAAUAUCAUAUACAACUCAGAUAUUUCCAGAAGUACAAAAGAAAAAGAGGUUGAAAGCGAUUUGGACAAAUCAGAAAUUGUCAAUAGUACAGGGAUAACUGACACAUUGCUCAGUCCUGUUCACAUUGACAUGAACAAAUCACAAGUUCCCAUAAGUUCAGAAGAAACUAAAAGUUUAGAUAGCGAUGAAACUACAAGGGAUGGAAAAGAAUCAAAGGAUAUCAACAGUUCAGGUAAUUCUGAAACUCUGAGAAUGAUGGACAGAACUGAAGCGCUUAGUUCAGAGCAGUCUGAAACUUUAGCCAGUAUACGCGAAUCUGAAACACAAAGUGGAGUGAACGACAUAGAUGGAAUAAGAAAUAAUGGCAAUGGGGAUUCGAAGGUGACAACUGUUGGGAAUCGAACUCUUGUGGAAGGAACUGGAGAGAAAGUAAUGAACUCUGACGCAGAUGAAAUGACUACCAAUGUCACACCAGACAUAAAUAACUCAAGUUACUUCAUUAGCUAUGUACAGGGAUAAAAAC